CGGCAAGGUGCAUUCCUCGUAAUGCAAAUCCGGAGCGUUUAAUUGCGCAGGUUAAGGAGUGUGAGAGGUCUGUUUGAGCGCAUCCGCGUCCGCGCUGAACCUGCGUGGAUCCUCAGCAGGACUCCGGGGCUGUGAGUGGAUUUGUGUGCAGCGAUCACUUGACACGAUGCUGUCAGACUCAGAGGCGGAGAGUGGAUGACCCGGGCUGCUGAAGAUGCGCGGAUCAGUGACAUUCUCCUCCAUCCGCUGCUGGCAAGAAGGAGUGAAGAAACUUUUCUAAAUCUAAAUGAGAAAUUCCUCUAAAUGAUCCCAUUCAGUGUGUGGACUAAAAAAAAAAAAAAGACACAACCAAACGACUUCUGCUCCAAGUUGUGAUUAAUGAAUCCAUCGCCUGGUCGCGAUGAGAGAUACUGUGUCACCAUGAAGCUUCUGCAGUUGAUUGUUUUGUGCGGGUUUCUGAACACUCAGAUCAGUGGAUCUCGUGUCCGUCAGGAGGACUAUCCGCCCCGGAUCGUGGAGCACCCAUCAGACCUGAUCGUGUCGAAGGGUGAGCCGGCCACUCUGAACUGUAAGGCCGAGGGCCGUCCGGCACCAACUAUCGAGUGGUAUAAAGACGGCGAGCGUGUGGAGACAGACAGGGACAACCCACGCUCGCACCGUAUGCUCCUGCCCAGCGGCUCACUCUUCUUCCUGCGCAUCGUGCACGGCCGCCGGAGCAAACCCGAUGACGGCAGCUACGUGUGUGUGGCCAGGAACUACAUGGGAGAGGCCGUCAGUCACAAUGCAUCACUGGAAGUGGCAUUCCUGCGUGAUGACUUCCGGCAGAAUCCUCAGGAUGUGGUGAUAGCAGUAGGAGAAUCGGCUACGCUGGAGUGUCAGGCUCCCCGAGGUCAUCCAGAGCCCACCACCUUCUGGAGGAAGGAUAAAGCUCGGCUUGACCUUAAAGACGACAGGAUAACUAUUCGAGGCGGGAAGUUGACCAUCUCCAACACCCGAAAGAGCGAUGGAGGGAUGUACGUGUGUGUGGCGACCAACAUGGUGGGGGAGAGGGAGAGCGAGAUGGCUCAACUGUCUGUGUUUGAGAAGCCCACAUUCGUGCGUAGGCCAGUGAACCAGGUAGCGCUAUUGGACGAGAAUGUAGAGUUCAGGUGCCAGGUGCAAGGAGAUCCCCCUCCGUCACUGCGCUGGAGGAAGGACGAGGCCGAGAUUCCCCGCACCAGGUACGAGAUGAAAUACGAAAAGGACGACUAUGUAUUGAGGAUUAAGAAAGUGUCUUCUGGGGAGCAGGGAAGCUUCACGUGCAUUGCCGAGAACCGGGUGGGCAAAGUGGAAUCAUCGGCUACGCUCACAGUCAGGGAGGCACCCCAGUUUGUUGUGCGGCCCCGGGACCAGAUUGUGAUGCAGGGACGUACCGCUACCUUCCCGUGCGAGGCCAAGGGAAACCCGCAGCCUGCUGUGUUCUGGCAGAGAGAGGGGAGCAAGGACCUGCUUUUUCCAAAUCAACCUGCCCAGGCAGGAAGUCGCUUCUCAGUGGCUCAGAAUGGAGAUCUGAGCAUUGCUUCGGUCCAGCGCUCAGACGCAGGCUAUUACAUCUGCCAGGCUCUCACAGUAGCAGGCAGUAUACUGGCCAAGGCCCAGCUGGAGGUGUCUGAUGCUCUUAAAGACCGCCCACCACCCAUUAUUCAGCACGGGCCAACCAAUCAGACAGUGGCAGUGGGCACCCUGGUGGUCUUGGGGUGCAGGGCGUCUGGAGAGCCUGAACCCACGGUCACUUGGCUGAAGGACGGACUGAGUCUGUUGGCUAAAGAGCCUCGAAUGUCCCUGCUGGAGGCAGGCAGUCUGCAGAUCCAAAAUGUUAAGAUCACAGACUCCGGUCUGUACACCUGCUUGGCAACCAGCUCAAGUGGAGAGACCUCGUGGAGCGCCUACUUAGACGUCAGAGAGUCGGCCGAGCUCACGGACUCCGUAUCCCACAACGCCACUGCUCUGCCGGGUCCACCUUCCAAGCCGGAGGUCACUGAUGUCACCAAGAGCAGCGUGUCACUUUCUUGGCGUCCUGGAUCUGAGGAUGCUUCUCUUGCAUCUGCCUAUGUCAUAGAGGCCUUUGGCCAGCUGGUGAGUAACAACUGGCAGACUGUAGCGGAUCACGUGAAGGACACGCAGUACACCGUCAGAGAGCUCCGUCCAAACACCGUCUACGUCUUCAUCAUCAGAGCGGUAAACGCACAGGGGGUUGGAGACCCGAGCGCCAUGUCCGAGCCUGUCCGCACACAGGAUAUUAGUCCACCGGUGCAGGGUGUGGAUCACCGUCAGGUGCAGAAGGAGCUUGGUGAUGUCAUUGUCACUAUGCAUGAUCCCAUAGAGCUCAGCUCCACCUCGGUGCGGGUGACAUGGGCGGUUGAGAAACCUUCCCAGUUCAUCCAAGGAUACCGCGUCCUGUACAGGCAAACUUCAGGCUUACCCUCGCCGGGGGCAUGGCAGAUCCAGGACCUCAAGGCUCCAUCGGAGCGAGACGUCACUUUACAUGAACUUAAAAAGGGCGUGGUUUACGAGAUAAAGGUCCGCCCUUUCUUCAACGAGUUCCAGGGAGCAGAUAGCGAAUCUAUUACCGCACGCACUUUGGAAGAAGCCCCCAGUGCUCCUCCGCAGCAGGUGACGGUGCUGAUGGUGGGCAGUGAGAACAGCACAUCUAUCAGCAUUUCCUGGGACCCACCACCCACCGAACACCAGAACGGCAUCAUCCAGGAAUACAAGAUCUGGUGUCUGGGAAAUGAAACCCGCUUCCACGUGAACAAGACGGUGGACGCUGCGAUUCGCUCGGUGGUGGUUGGCGGCCUGCAGGUGGGCGUGCAGUACAGAGUGGAGGUGGCAGCAGGCACCAGCGCAGGCGUCGGGGUGAAAAGCGAGCCACAGACUAUUGUGAUCGGCGCCGAGUUACAGGAUGUGAUGACUGGAGACGAAGGCAGCGGUAGCAUCACGGAUGUCUUGAAGCAACCGGCCUUCAUCGCAGGCCUGGGAGGCGCGUGCUGGAUCGUUCUCAUGGGCUUCAGCGCUUGGCUCUACUGGAGGAGGAAGAAGAGAAAAGGCCUGAGCAACUAUGCUGUCCAGUCGUUCACCUUCACCCGUGCAGUGACGUUCCAGCAUGGAGACAGAGGCCUGUUGGGAAGUGCAAGUCGUCCUGGUGUGCUGAAAGCCGGUGACCCUGGCCUCCCUUGGCUAGCUGACUCCUGGCCGUCCACCAGCCUGCCUGCCAACAGUGGUUUGGGUGCUCCCAAAGACCUCACUAACUUUGGUCGUGGAGACGUACUGCCUGUUGGUGCCGGCGAGAAGACGGGCACCAUGCUGUCAGACGGUGCUAUCUACAGCAGCAUCGACUUCGCCGGCAAAACCGGCUACAGUAGCCCAGGCAGAGGAAACCAUGCCAGCCCCUAUGCCACCACACAGAUCCUGCAGUCCAACAGCUUCCACGAGCUGGCAGUGGAUCGUCCCGAGCCACGCUGGAAGGCCUCGCUGCGAGCACAGCAUGAAAUGCCCAGCCUGGGCUACUCCCUCACGGAAAACCGUUCCUGUGCCAACGGGGGGAAGAAUGGGAAGAAGAAGAAAUCAAAAGGAGGGGGUAAAACAGCAAAGCCUAAUGGCUCCUGCUGGGCCAACUUGCCCCUUCCUCCACCACCCAUGAAUCCUUUACCAGGGACAGAGAUGGACCACUAUGCCCCUGAGCAUCGAUCUGAAGGAGGGUACGAGAGCGACACCUGGGCUCCGCCUCUCCCUGUUCAGUCGUACCUACACCAGGGCAUGGAGGACGAGCUCGAGGAGGAAGAACGAGUGCCCACUCCACCCCUGAGGGGCGUGGCUUCAUCUCCAGCAGCUUUACCCUAUGGCCAGAGUUCUUCUGGCUCAUUGGGGUCCUCGCAUCAUGAGGAAAUGCAGUCUAUGCUCCAGGCCCACCUGGACGAGCUUACCCGCGCCUACCAGUACGAGGUGGCCAAGCAAAGCUGGCAUCUGAAAAGCAGCUCCCAUCCACCCAAGACCACGGGACCUCCCAUGGGCUACGUGUCCAGUACGUUGGGCUCAGACAUCCUGACCGAAGGAGAGGAUGAAGAGGGAGACAGUGAAGGCUAUGAGUUGUCACGACAGCUGUGUGGAAUAGACUAUUCCCCUGGACGCAGUCUGGAAACUGUAGAAGGAGCGAUCACAGGACACCCUUACUCUCACCGAACCCAAUCAAGCGGCGCUGGAUCCAUAGACGGAGCACUUCUAGCGACUCAGAGCCUGGGUCAUCAACGGGUAUCACAAGCUUCACAAAAGCUACGAGUAGAGACAUCAGGGACUGAACCUCAUAGGAGAGAUGACAUUGCAGAUGUGCGAACUCCUUCCUCGGAGCCCUUGCACAGCAUUGGUACACGGCUACACACCCCCUGGGGUUCUAUGGGCUGUGAUCCUCCUGAAGAGUGUGUGGUAUCUACGCUGGAGCGGCAGCAUGCAGCCAACUGGAGCUCCAGGGGCACACUGGGAUGCGUCUCACAGAGACGGUCCAGCACAGAUCAGCGGGACUCUGCAGGACGAGCAUCAGGCAGCACAGACGCUAACUACGGACAUCUAUAGUGCCGUGCCUGAGAGAUAAGCCAGACUACUCACUGCCCACGCGACUGAAAGCGAGGACGAGAGAGAAAGAGAGAGAGAGAGAGAGAGAGAGAGAACGCAAAAGAGAUUCAUUGUUCACCCCUGCAAUGUCCGAUGAGCUUCUCCCCCGGUGUUACACGAGGCGAUCUUUUUUUUACCUCAGAGACCAACACUGAACUGUGAAGCUAAUGUACAGACACACGACUCCCGAUGGUGUUCAGCUUGCAGUUUUUGCUUCUUUGUCUAAACUUAUGACGGAAACGUUACACGCCCUGCCCAUUUUGUGCCACAAAAUGUGCAUCACUUGGAAACAGCAAACAAACAAACAAAAAAAAACAAGAAAACUUUUUUUUUCGCUUUUUGAAAUCCGAAAUGUAAAUCACAAAAAAGGAUGUGUAUUUCUUGUAAAUAGCUUUUUCUAUUUGAUGUUGCUUUGCUAUGCAAACCAAAAUGUUGUUUUUUCUUUAUUAUUAUUAUUAUUAUUAUU